AUGCUGCUACGCCCGAGAUUGCUGGUAGCUCUACCACCGGCGAUCAUAGGAUUGGCGUUCCUCCCUUUGUAUCGUUUCCUGAACCUCUCGGCCUUCGGUCGUCAUGUUUCUCUCAGCAGUGACCUGGCCGCAGACGAAGGUAAACAUUGGGCGAUAACGCCCGACGUAGAUGCCUACGCGCACAAGACACUGAGGGAGGAGGGAGUUCCCGGGCUUUCUAUCGCUGCAGUCCGGUUGUCGGACACGGGCGAGGUGCAGACUGACUGGGCUGCAUGGGGGCGUAUGACGGAAGACGCAGACCCCACGAGUGUUGAUACUCUCUUCAACAUUGGGUCAUGCUCCAAGGCCUUCCUGGUGGCAGCGUUGGGUAUUCUCAUGGAGGACUACGCGCUGGGACGGAAUGUCACAGCACUUCCGCAUAAAGUGGACCGAGUCGACUUCGAAACGAAGAUCCAAGAUGUCUUUCGCGCGGACGAUCCACCGUUAUUCGCGGAUCCUUGGGCCAGAUCCCAAGCCAGCUUUCGGGAUGUUUUGUCGCACAUGUCAGGGAUAGGCAGGUUAGACUUCGUCUACGGCGAUUACGAGUCACCCGUAUCUAUUCUAGAACACAUGGAGCACUUACGACCGGCCUACGAACUCAGAGAACGAUUCUCAUACACUAAUCUAUUCUAUACCAUCGGGGCUCACCUAAUCUCGACCUACUCUGCCAUGCCGUACGAAGACUUCGUCACUGAGCGGAUUUUCCUGCCACUCGGCAUGACAUCCAGUACAUAUUCACGCGCAGAAGCGAUGUCGACCGGUCGGCUCAGCCAAAGCUGGACUGCAUCUGGGAGGCGUUUACCUCUCUGGUUGGGCAACAAUGCAUCAAAAGCAUGGGACGGUCCUGCAGGGAUUGUCUCGAACGUGAUCGAUAUGAGCAAAUGGAUCGCGACCCUCCUGAAUGAAGGCGUAGACCCGGAGACGAACCUGACUGUCAUACCGCGAUCUAUCUAUGAGGAGAUGACGACAGCUCACGCAGUCGUGACCGGCGCUCCGCGUUACUCCUAUACGGCUGUCAAGGGCUACGGUAUGGGUUGGGAGCGAACUUCGUUUCAGGGACACGACAUCAUUAGCCACACCGGACGCAUGCCUUCUCACCUGAGUGAAGUGCUCUUCCUUCCUUCCGCCAGGCUGGGCGUCGUCGCCCUCUCGAAUGCAGACCUGCCCCAGGAAGCGUACCACAAGGUCGCGUAUCGCGUGAUCGAAGACGUCCUGAAGCUACCGCGCGUCGUGGAUUCCGACACACACCGACGAGAGAAUGACACGUCAACUCUGGACGGAUCUUACGAGGAGAUUACCACAGUCGUGCUCGCGGCCUCGCUGACCCGAUAUACGGGCAUAUACGCGAACGCAGCGUACGGCAACUUCACCCUGUGCGCGCCGACGACGAAGACGGGGUACUGCAGCCGCGUCCUCGCCGACUUCGCUGCCUGUGAUGAGCUCGGGGAGCACCCCGGACUGUAUGCGGCCUACCCUCGAUUCACGUCUUCGCACAUCCGACUCACGCCGGAUCCCACUGAGCGCCCUCGACGUGACGUCGAAUCUCUGGCCCCGGGCGAGAAGCUCGACGCGUGGGAUCUGGAGUUCAUUGCUCUCUUUCCGGAUGGCUACGGCAAGGAUACGACGCCCUUCGUGUACCGCGUCGAGGAAGGCUCGACGAUAGACGUGCAGUGCGUCGUCCGCGCCGGAGUCGUCGUGGGCUGCGGCAUCGUGAACGUUACUGGCGAGGAGGGUAGGACGCUAAGGGAAGGGCCCUUGAACGAAGUAGCAGACGUGUGGUUCCAGAAAAUCGAGUGA